GUUUAAUUACCAUGUGCACUUAAUGAUUGCUUAAUUACCCUAGUUUUGUGAUGUUUACUGUUCUACAUGCCCGAUCGGUUUCUUUGUCACAAUUUGGAUUACUGCUGUCAUGCACAAGUCAAGUGAAAUCUUACGAAAGCAAACAGCUUUGAAGGGACAGAGGAAGAUCUCUGUUCUUAUUUGCAUCUGUCUUGGUUUCACAAUUCACGUGGUUACUGUCUAUUGGUGGCAUCGUCGUGAUGAUAUUUUACAACCAUUGGUCAUGCUUCCUCCAAAAUCCAUUCCACCUUUCUGGCAUGCUCUUUUCACCUUCAUGGUUAAUGAUACUUUGGAUCGGCAAGCAUCAAUGAUCUCAAAGUGUCUUUUGUUAAUUUAUUACAAGAACAGCAGAGGGAGAUAUUAUCGUAAGCAGGGUCAAAUGCUGACUUUGGUUGAGUAUCUGAUGCUGCUUUACCGUGCAUUGUUGCCAACUCCAGUGUGGUAUCGUUUCUUUUUAAACAAAGACUAUGGAAGCCUCUUUUCAUCUCUAAUGACAGGACUGUAUUUGACUUUCAAGCUCACAUCUGUUGUUGAAAAGGUGCAAUCCUUCUUUACCGCACUGAAGGCAUUAUCACGUAAAGAGGUGCAUUAUGGUGCUUAUGCAACAUCAGAACAGGUCAAUGCAGCCGGAGAUCUGUGUGCUAUAUGUCAGGAGAAGAUGCAUGCUCCUAUUCUGCUUCGUUGUAAACACAUCUUUUGUGAAGAUUGUGUAUCAGAAUGGUUUGAGAGGGAAAGAACAUGCCCUUUGUGCAGGGCUCUGGUUAAACCUGCAGAUCUAAGAUCAUAUGGUGAUGGAUCAACAAGUUUGCUCUUUCAGAUAUUUUAAAGUCUUCUGUACAAAACCAAGAAGUUUUUCUGCUUUGAGGCUUCGUGUAACCCAUUCAAAGUGGCUUCUUCCGAUCAGUCAUCCACAGAGGUAAAUUUGACUCUAUUUGGCUCUUCCUGUUCAUGAAUUGUCCAAGAAAAUUAAACGAAAACUACUGAAUAUAGAAGUAAAAUCUAGCUGUCUGCUCCUAUGUUUGUAUUAGAAACGUUGGAUGUGUAAUGUCCCCCUAAGGGGUUAACAGAGAGAUCAUCCGAAGGAUUAACAGUAUGUCAUUGUGUAUUGCCAUAAAUGAAAGUAUUUUUU